AUGGAUCUUGUUGUUUACACAGAGGAUAAUUCGACCAAAAUCCAGCAUGUGAAUCGGAAAUCCUCCGACGAACUGCUCCGGAAGUUCGCUGACCCUGACGUCGACUACUCAAAGUCAACGAAGCGCCGGAGGAAAUCAGACUCUUCGAACUCUAGAGAGACCAGCGUUGACAUGGAAAGUAACAACGCUAUUGGCAUGGUGGAGAGGAAACGGCUCUUGCUUGCUCCGGCGAGUAAACGGCGUUCUCUGUUUCUCCGUCAGCUUGCUACCGGAAAAUCACAUCUUAGGAACAAGUCUCUCGUCAGAACUAUCGGCAAGACAUGGCGUAAAACAAUGGAAGGAGCAUCUAGAGUUUUCAUCGAGAAGCAUUAUAACAGACACAGACGUCUCAUUAACGACGUCGUUUAA